AUGGUUGAUGGAAGACAAUCAAAUACACCUGCAAGACGUACGAAUUAUUCGUAUAUUGAGGAGCAAAAUGAAGCACGAACAGAAUUACUUAAUUCAAAAGUGAAUCAACUGAAACAUUUGGCUGUGCAAAUCGGUGAAGAAACAAAAUUCCAAAAUAAAUAUUUAAAGGAAUUACACGAUAAUAUGGAUCAUACGGAUAGUUUGGUUGGUCAAGCACGACGACGUGUUCUUUUAUUGGCUCGAUCAGGUAGUUGGAAAAUAUAUCUAUAUCUAUUACUUUUUGCCUUAUUCAUUUUUCUUGUUAUUUAUUUUUUAAUUAAAUGA